CUGAAGUACCAUGUAUACGUGUUGUUGACUGCAGCGAGCCGCUGUCAAAUCACCUCUCACAGAACCGUGGAACAGUGGGCUUUGGCACAGCACAACCUCUCGUUGAAGAUUUUCCUUUUCUGUGCGCGGGACUGCCAUCGUACUUCGAUGUUCCAAUAUGUCAGCAUUUAUUUUCGUGGUCGUUGUGCUAGCGCACACAAGCCAGAGGGUCAUAUGUGGCACAACUAUUUACUCUGCCAUUGGGCCUUACAGAGCGUUCACCGAACGCUUUUACGAGUGUAACCCACACCCGCGUCCGUGGAGAUGGCAUUUCCGAACUACUCGCUUUAACCCAUAUAAACCAAAAGAAAUACAGUUAUUGACUGGAAACAUUACACUUGGAAAUAAAUCUUUUGAUGACAGCCUUCCGAUUACAGUGAUCUUAGAUACUCGAUCAAACAACCAAUGGAAGGAAAACGCCUUUAUCUUUACUUUCAAAAGCAGAGCCUGCACGACUAUUAAAACAAAUAUCCCAGUCUUAUACGAACAAUUGUUUAAAAAGAGAGAAAUUAACGGCGUGUGCAGUCACCAGCCUGGAGUUUACGAGGUUAAUAAUGCCCCGGUGGAAUGGAUUUUUCCGAACUUUCCCAUGAUGCCAUAUGGGUUCUAUAAGUUUAAAAUAAAAUUUGGCACAGCGGAAAAUCUCAUCAUGUGUGGAGUGGUAGAAUGUAGGAUUAUUCCUAGACUCGAGUGAAAAUACAAUGAUUAAAGGUUAAUUUUAUAAACUAUA